AUAUUGCAUUCCAACGAGGUUGACGCCUUUACUCCUUUCCUGAAAUGACAGCUGCCAAGGAGCUAAAUGAGGCAGCCAAAGAGUGGCAAUUGAAGGCGGGCGAAGAGUUCCGGUUCGAGGUUGCGUUUAGAAAGACGAUCAAGGUCACGCUUGUGUCUGGGUGUGCCGAGUACUUUGGUGCUGAGCUCGGUCCAACAACAGACUACUCGUUCAGCGGCGAAAACGGGGCGAUAUUCUCUUGGGAGGGGUGCACUCUGCGGGUGGUGGGCGAGUGCCAGUCGGCCUAUGUCGCCGGCGAGACACCCAUGGACUCGUACAUCAAUGUGCAUAUGGCGCUGCAGCAGAAGCGCGUCCAGGCGCACGGUGAUAUCUCUGGUGGCAGCGAUGAAUCAGCCGCAACGCCACGGGAGACACCGCUUUUUGCUGAUCUGGAUCCGCAUGAAGCUACAAUCACGGUUCCUGGCACGUUGUCGGUGACACCAAUCACGCAUGCCAUUAGCAUUGAGGACAGCUGGAUAGGGUACGCGGAGGCAUCAUCAAAUGCACCUCCAGCUACACCGAUCGUGUGGCAGUUUGGGCACGAGCAGCCGACCGACAACGUGCUGCUGUAUAAACUGUUGGUAGAUAGAGUCGCGCAAUCAAUUGACUUGCGGCUGCGCACGGAUCGAUUUGCGGCAGGAUCAGGAUUCGUCGUCGAUACGCGGGGCGUCUCAGAUGCAAGCAAGUACGAAGUGCUCGAGUAUGCAGCCGAAAAGUUGAAAAUCAACGUGCUGAUUGUGGUUGGCAACGAGCGCAUGUACAGCGCGUUUUCGAGCAAAAUGGCUGGCGUGACGGUUGUCAAGCUGGCCAAGUCUGGUGGUGUGGUUGAUCGCGAGCCUGCGUUUCGCCGGCAGUACAACAGCCGCAUUGUCAGGCAGUACUUUUACGGAACCAGCGGCAAUCCGGUAUCGUCGUACUCGACCAUCACAAACUUUGACGACAUCCUGGUUGUGCGCAUUGGCGAAGAUGCACGAGCGCCAUCGUCGACAUUGCCGCUGGGCGAAUCCCGUAUGGUGACUGAUACGAGCGUGCUGGAAGUCACUCCCGACGAGGGCCUCUCGCACUCGAUUCUGGCUGUGACUGACGCCAGGCGGGACGAGGCAAGGGAGGGUGUUGUUGGCAUGCAGGCGCUGGGAUUCGUGAGUGUGACCGGCGUGGAUAUGGCAAAGAAGCGGCUGACGCUGCUGGCGCCUGUUCCUGGCCGACUGCAGAAACCGGUUCUGCUCUAUGGCGGGAUCAAGUGGAUGGAGACAUAAGAUAGCCGCUGAUAGCUCUUGACACUGGAUAUUUGGCUGUGCAAAAUGUAUGACUGAAAACAUCCGGCAGACAUGACGAUCCUGG